CCGGCUCCAGACAGAGUGGGGACUCCUCCAGCUCCCCUGCCUGCACCCUGCCCGCGGGGCCCGGCACCGGGGAGCCUGCCGCCGAGCCCCACGGUGCCUGCCAGAUUUCUGCCUGCUCCCGCCUGCCCCACCGGAGCUGGUGGCGUCUGUCACAGGACCUCCGCAGCAUGGGGACAGUCAGCGAGCUCUGUGCCUCCAGUUUCCAGGCCUUCCUCUGCCCCUCGGUGGCCGCCAAGGCAGUGCCCAGUGACCUGACGCCGGAGGAGUGCCAGGAGCUGGAGAACAUCCGGCGCCGCAAGCAGGAGCUGCUGGCUGACAUACAGCGUCUGAAAGAUGAGAUAGCAGAAGUGACGAAUGAGAUCGAGAACCUUGGUUCCACAGAGGAGAGGAAAAACAUGCAGAGGAAUAAGCAGGUCGCGAUGGGCAGGAAGAAGUUCAACAUGGAUCCUAAGAAGGGCAUCCAGUUCCUGAUUGAGAACGACCUGCUGAAGAACACGUGUGAGGACAUCGCCCAGUUCCUGUACAAGGGAGAGGGCCUCAACAAGACAGCCAUCGGUGACUACUUGGGCGAGAGGGACGAGUUCAACAUCCAAGUCCUGCAUGCCUUCGUGGAGCUGCACGAGUUCACUGACCUCAACCUGGUGCAGGCCCUGCGGCAGUUCCUGUGGAGCUUCCGUCUGCCUGGGGAGGCACAGAAGAUCGACCGGAUGAUGGAGGCCUUCGCCCAGCGGUACUGCCAGUGCAACCCCGGCGUCUUCCAGUCCACAGACACCUGCUACGUGCUCUCCUUUGCUAUCAUCAUGCUGAACACCAGCCUGCACAACCCCAAUGUCAAGGACAAGCCCACAGCAGAGCGCUUCAUCGCCAUGAACCGCGGCAUCAACGAUGGGGGGGAUCUGCCCGAGGAGCUGCUACGGAAUCUCUAUGAGAGCAUCAAGAACGAACCCUUCAAAAUCCCCGAGGACGAUGGCAAUGACCUCACACACACAUUCUUCAACCCCGACCGGGAGGGCUGGCUCCUGAAGCUAGGAGGCAGGGUGAAGACGUGGAAGCGACGCUGGUUCAUCCUGACUGACAACUGCCUUUACUACUUCGAGUACACGACGGAUAAAGAGCCCCGUGGCAUCAUCCCCCUGGAGAACCUGAGCAUCCGUGAGGUAGAGGACUCCAAGAAGCCUAACUGCUUCGAGCUCUACAUCCCUGACAACAAGGACCAGGUGAUCAAGGCCUGCAAGACAGAGGCGGAUGGGCGGGUGGUGGAGGGGAACCACACAGUGUACCGCAUCUCAGCCCCCACACCCGAGGAGAAGGAGGAGUGGAUCAAGUGCAUCAAGGCAGCCAUCAGCCGGGACCCUUUCUAUGAGAUGCUGGCUGCCAGGAAGAAGAAGGUGUCCUCCACCAAGAGACACUAGCUGGGUCUGCUGGCCCUGGGGGCUGGCAUGACCCCAACAGCCCCAGUACCUCCCCUCUGGGAGGACUGCAGGGCUGGGGCUGCAUUGCUGCCUACCCCAGGGGACCAGGACUCAGCUUCAGCUUCGCAGUUUCUUCACCUUGGGGGGAGGGAGGGAGCACAGGCAUUGUGGUGGCUCUGUGCCCCUGUCACUGCCUCAUCUCCAGGACAGUGUGGAGCUGGGACACAGACACCCUUGUGUGCACGGAGCCUUGUCCUGCCCCGGGCUUGGCUGCAGGAUGGGUAGUGUGCAUGCCCUUCACCCCUCCCUGGGCACCAUGGAGACACCAUCAUUGCCCUGAUCCCACGCACAGGCAUGCAGCGUCUGUGUCUCUCCCCAGCACCCGUGUCCUGGAGCACUUGGGUGUCCUGUCAAGAAGGUGGAUGGCUGGUGGGUAUCGACUGGAGGUUUUGGGGUGCUGCAGGCAUCAGUGUGAGGGGUGACAGCUCCAGAGGGAGCCCGUGGGGACAGGACUCUGUGAUUCUGUGACUCCUGGCCCUCGUUGUAGCGGGCCUGGAUCUGUCCUGGGUGUCCCCAUGCUGCUGCCUUGGGCCUUCCCCUGUGGGCGCAGGAAGCUGUCACUGUCACAGUGGUGCCACAUGGGGGAUGGACAUGUCCUUGCCCAGCCAUGGGGUGCUAGAGCUCGGAUGAGGACCCCAGUCCAGCAGCAGCAGGUGGCAUUGCCCCUGUCAUGUCCCUUCAGUGCUAUCCCUGUGGUGAGGGGCAGGGGAGAGUUGUUCCCCUGGUGGCUGGUAGGAUGUGCCCAGGGACAGCUGCUCCUGAGGGGUUCAGCUGGGCCAGGGGCUGCAGCCCCCUUGCCUCUGCCUUGCAAACACCUGUGUCUUGUCCUGUUCCCCGAGCACCAUGGACAGUCUAGAGAGAGGCACCUGGAUCAGUAUUAGUCUAUUUAUCAGAGAUGUAAAUACUCCUGUAUAGUUUUCUCCUUUUAGAUUAUUUUGUAUGUUGGGUUGUUCUGUGCAGAGGCCUCUCUGGAGGGCGGGGGUGGCAGGAUUUUUUAUUCUAACCUUUUUGUUUCGUUUUGUUUGGUUUGCCACGGCCCUUGUAAUCUAGUGCUGAGGAUCUGCAGCAAAUAAACACUGAACUGCG